AUGCUGGGGAGCAUGUCCUGGACGUCAUCGCUGGUAUUUGUAUCCUCGUUGCUGUCGUUAUUCUCACUCGGUUUCGGGGACGACUGGCUAUUCCAGGAUCUGAAAGCCGAGGAUCUGGAGCCAGAGACGGCCGGAUGGUGCCUGGAGCAACUGCCUAGCCGUUGCCUCGUGGACUUUCAUGUUGGACGCUUCGACGGGAGCCAGCAACACCGGGCUGCCCAAGAGACUUUGAAGGAUGCCAGGGAGGGCAUCAAAAACCUGAAGAGCCAGCCGGUGAAGCUACGCUUGCUCGUGCUGGUUACCACAGUGUGGCCGAACUUCCAGCGGCGGCAACUCCUUCGCCAAGGCCUCACAUGGUGCCGGCGUGGCUUGGGCAGUCGUGGCAACGAGGUCGUUUGGCGCUUCCUGCUCGGCGACCUGCCGAUGGUGCCUCCCAAACAUUUUUCAAAAGCGGAAUUUCACCAAAAGGCCCUUCGAGAAGCCGAGGCGUUUGGUGACCUUCUCCUUGUUGGUGGUGCUGAUGAGAUCCAAUACCGACACAUAGGUGACGCCUACGUCCUGCCAGAGGCAAACCCGGAGUUGUGGAAGCUGCUCGUGGCUCUCAGACGCGUGCGACAUGAGUAUUCGUAUGACUACCUUAUGGUGGCCGAUGACGAUAAUUUCAUUUCCCUUGCAAACGCCAUAGAACUCCUGGACAUGCUGCCUCCACGGAAGGUUUAUGUUGGAAAUAUGAUUGACACCGUGCCGCAGCGCUUCCACCAAGAAAGGCGUGUCAUCAUUCAAGAGACGAGUGUGAAUCUAUACUUGGGUUCGCCAUCGAAGCUCCCAAUUUUUGCGCAUGGCCUGGGCUUUAUCAUUUCCGUUGAUUUGGCAGAGCUUCUGGCCGACCUUGGCCUGUCAUUCAAGUUGCGGGGAAAUGACGACAUGCUUAUUGGCAUGUGGCUGCGGAACAUCGCAGACGUGCGCUUCCUGCACUACCACCCGUGGUUUCAUGACCACCAUGAGUUUGGAGGUCUCUUCUCACGGCCAUGUCAGUACGAUGCAGUGAUUGUCCAUCGUAUGACGCCAGAGCGCUGGAGAACCUUCGACAAGUACCAGUGCCACAUUUGCUCUGAUGUGAAGCCUUUAGGCGAAGCCUUGUCGCUUGAUACGGUGGAGCCGUCUGAGCAUGGAGAGGUUGAGGAAUUGCCGGAGUCCAGUGUUGAGGAGCUAGCCAGUUUGGAGCGAGCCCGGCAGGAGCAGAAAAACGAGGAGACCAAUUCUCCGCUGAAAUUAGCCAUCUUAGUUUUUGGCUCUCGCUGGCACGACUUCAAACUGCGUGCAUACAUGAGGCGGGCAAUGGGACAGGUGAAGCAUGAUCUCGAGACCAAGCACUCUGAUCCACAGGCAUCAUGGGCCUCCCUUUCAGCCGAUUUCGAAUGGCUGUUUGUCAUGACGCAGCUGCCAGGAGAUUGGCGUCGACACUUGGCACUCCGGGAGAUUCUGCUGCGCCGUGAUCUGGUGGCCCUUGGGCCCGCACGGCUUCCGCGCGAAAGUCAAAGUGCCGAAAACGCUGGCAAAGUGCGGCCUGUUCAUGAGGUUGGCUGUUAUCGAUACGAGGAAGCCUGGCGGCUGGUUGAGGAGCGCUGGGGGGGAGCAGACUUCUUGCUUCUCCUGGACCACCGCUCAUAUGCCAAUGUCCCUCGCCUGCUGACACAAAUGCCGGGCUGGCCUCGACGUCGGUUGAUGCACGGCCUUCUCCUCGACGAGUCUGUGUUUGCCGGGGCGAAGCGGCGCUACUUGUGGCGCCGUCGUGCCCCAGUCUUCGCGCACGGCUUGGGCAUCGUCCUUUCUGCAGAUGUGGCGCGAUUUAUUGCGGAGCUUGCCCUCAAGGCCGAUGGAUUGUCACAGGUGGACCUUCCAGCUGACGUUGCACUCGGUCAGUGGGCGCAGCUGGUGGAGGAUUUGCAGCACUCCUCAGCCGAGGACUUCUCGGAACUCCCUGCACAAUCAGCCAUGGCAUCAGACGUGGCUGUGGUUUGGCCCAUGACAUUGGCACGAUGGCGAUUCCGCAGAAAUGGCACAUUCCCCGCGGAUGUUGAGCCCAGUGUGAGCGUUGCAAGCAUUGCUAGUCGUGCUAGUCCAAGGGUACAUGAGGCUCCAGCAGUGCCAGAGGCAGAUCUGGACUGUUGGACAAACAUGGGUGGACGGCCAGAGGCUUGGUACCUCGUUUGUUGCGACCUAAACUGGUCUGGAUGCUGGGGUGGUGACUUCACACCGCAGAUGUGUUGCACGCAAGUUCCUGGUAGACAUGGGCUGGUGGCGAGACCGUCAGCGGAGCCUAUGCUUCUGCAGAGGUUUUUGAACUUCAGCGAUGACGAGUUUGCGCUAUUUCUGCAGGCGCUGGCCCCGAAUAAUUCGCAACAGCAAGCACGCGGGCGCUUCCGCUGCUUGACUCCCAAGGAUUGUGCGAAAGAGGCAUUUGCCAGGUUUUAUCAAGCAAGCUGGGAUGCUGGCAUCCUUCCACUUCGCCACCCAUGGUUUGUGGAUAAAGAAGACCACCUGGUUGGAGUUAUUUGGAAGAUGCGUGCAGAGAACCGAGGAGGCAACCCCGCAGGACACGAGCAUACCUUUGAGCGCCUGCAGAUGGGUCAGUUCCUGAAACAUGUCUCUGAGACUGUGUCGCCCGAAGAGAUUCCCGCGGAAAACGGCAGAAAGCGGCUGCGGCGCUGCUUGGAAUGGGACUCUGGUGCGAACAGCCGGUUCUUCUUUGCCAAGCACUGCGAUGUGAACGAUGUCCUUACAUAUUUCGGCGAUGGACAUGCCCAGCUUCGGGAACAUGCGGACAAUGAGAAACGAGAUUUCUUUUUGGACAUUCAUAUUGCAGAUCAGGUCGUGCCUGAGAAUUCCACUGGCUUAGUAAUCUGUUCGCAGGUGUUUGAGCACCUGCUGAAGCCAUGGCUGGCAAUGCAGCAGCUUUUCCGACUCUUAGGCCCAGGUGGGCUGCUGGCGUGGUCUGCGCCGCUCUUCAGCCAGAUUCAUGGAUCACCCCAGGAUUAUUGGCGCUUUACCCCUGAUGGGGCCAGGUCUUUGGCAGAGGAGGCUGGCUUUGAGGUCUUGGAGAUCUGGGCACCGGGCACUUUGCGAGAGCUUGCAGGCUACCUUUUGGGCCUCACGUCGCCAUACUGGGACAACGAUGCAAUCAUGGGUGGUACGUCUCAUUGGCCUUUGCAGGUCUACAUGUUGGCCCGCAAACCACAGUCGGGCAGGGUGCUGCAUUCAUCCACCUAG